GAGGCUUUAGGGGAAGGCUUCGUCCCAUCACCCUCCAGGGAGCAGUGGGCCACAGGGGCUUUGGGUGUUCCAACCCUGCGCCCGGGAAGGGCGGAUAAACAGUGCGCCACUGAUUAAGGAAAGGAAGCCCGAAGACCUUGACUUUAUUCGAACCACAUGGUUCCAGUUUGCUGUGGCGUUCUCGCUGCAGCUGGAAGCGACGCUGCGUCGGCCCCAUCUGGAUGGGCGUCUAAGUGGGCCAAUCUCCCACCGGACCCGGGCGGGAGGAAACGCGGGCAAAGAGUUGAUCUACCCAGAGCAGGGACUUGCCCGCUGGGCCACCGUGAGGCGCGCGAUUGCAGGCAGCGCGGAGACCUUCCCUGGGCUGGGUCAGCGGGCAGAAGAGGGCAGGGAGGACCCGCAGGCUUUGGUCCAGGGUUCGGUAAUAGGCAAGAACAGACUGUGCCGGCCAGCACCGCGCGGCCUCUGCAGGCCAGGCGUCCAGGUUGGCGGCGGGCUGAGCGCUCCCCCAGAACCUGGGGUCCUCCCGCAGGACGCGCCUGGCCAGCCCGCCGCGGACAGAUUCGUUGGACACAUUUGAGCCUCUUCCCCUUCCAUUCUAGGCUGCCGCGGGCCCCGCGGAGAGAGACCACCUGUGAGGGCUGCUGAGAUUGGCGGAGGCGGUCAUGUGGGUGGUCACGUGCUGCGGCGAGCUCCGUCCAAAAGAAAAUGGGGUUUGGUGUAAAUCUGGGGGUGUAAUGUUAUCAUAUAUCACGCUACCUCGUAAAACCGACACUGAAAGCUGCCGGACAACAAAUCACAGGUCAAAAUUAUGAGUUCUUCGUAUUAUGUGAACGCGCUUUUUAGCAAAUAUACGGCGGGGGCUUCUCUGUUCCAAAAUGCCGAGCCGACUUCUUGCUCCUUUGCGCCCAACUCGCAGAGAAGCGGCUACGGGGCGGGCGCCGGCGCCUUCGCUUCGACCGUACCGGGCUUGUACAAUGUCAACAGCCCCCUCUAUCAAAGCCCCUUCGCGUCCGGCUACGGCCUGGGCGCCGACGCCUACGGCAACCUGCCCUGCGCCUCCUACGACCAAAACAUCCCCGGGCUCUGCAGUGACCUCGCCAAAGGCGCCUGCGACAAGGUGGACGAAGGCGCGCUGCACGGUCCGGCUGAAGCUAAUUUCCGCAUCUACCCCUGGAUGCGGUCUUCAGGGCCCGACAGGAAGCGGGGCCGCCAGACCUACACGCGCUACCAGACGCUGGAGCUGGAGAAGGAGUUCCACUUCAACCGCUACCUGCCCCGGCGCCGCCGCAUCGAGAUCGCCCACGCGCUCUGCCUCACCGAGCGCCAGAUCAAGAUCUGGUUCCAGAACCGCCGCAUGAAGUGGAAGAAAGAACAUAAGGAGGAGGGUCCGGCCGCCACCGCAGUCCCCGAGGGCGCCGUGCCGGCCACCACAGCGACUGUCGCUGCCGCUGACAAGGCCGACGAGGAAGAAGACGAUGAAGAAGACGACGACGAUGACGAGGAAUGAGGGGCCGAGCUGGGCCCUUGGCUGCACCAGACAGUCGGGAAAGCGUCUUUAGAGACUCAUCGAUUUUAUUUACAAAAGUGGAAAAAAAUAAAAAGAAAAUGUAAAACAAACAAACAAACAAACAAACCCAGUACCCAACCUGUACCCCAUCUACCCCUUUACCCACUCCAGCUCCCAACUUUCCUGGACUGAGCAGCCAUUAGACUGAGCCCCCUUGGGGAUCCCCUCUGCCUCUGAGGACCCCCAGAAGACACACCCCCUCCACCCAAGGCCGGCUGGCUCUGUGCUGGCAUGGCUAAAAUACUACCUAGCACAGGCCUCAGAGAGAGGCACCCCCAAACUACCUAUGGGCCCAGCCCCAGCGGGCCUCCACUCCCAGGAAGCCCAGACCUGUCCCAACACUGGUAUACCCAGCACCUCCCCCAUAAUGUCAAGGACCUGACUCUCUCAGUACUACCUACUUGUCCCAAACUACCUAUUUUAUGCUUGCUGGCUCGUCUGCUACCUAGUGCCAGCCCCUCCCAGGCCAGGCCCCUGCUGCUUGCGGCUGGCAGCCUUUGGAGUCCCUGAGGCUGCGCUGAGAAGGUGCUGAGGUCCGGGGACCAGGGCAUUGGCUUCUAUUUAAAUUGAAAAAUAAUAUAUUUAUUCCAAAGCAUUCUAAGUGCUGCAACCCAGAAUCCCUCCUCCUCUGGCCUGGGCACCCCAAGUUCAGGCCCAUUACCCCCUACUUCUGGAGGGGAGCAUUCCCAAGCUAGCUUCAGAUCUCUUGAGUUAGCUUCUGCUUAGUAGGACUGCAGAGAUGCUCUCAGCUUCCCUGCUCCCUCCCCGGACCCUGUGUCCUACUGCCCAGCCAUGUUGAAUAUGUACACCCUGACUUUUCCUACAAUAGCAAAUAUUGUAUAUUUGAACAAGAUUUUUUUUUUUUUUUGUCAUUUAUAUAGUCUUGGAGCUCAUUUGUAAGGCAAUGUCUUGACUUGGGAAGGAUGUGUUAAUGGUGUGACUUUGUAGCAUGGUGUGUUGUCUUGAGCUAACUCCAUAGCUGGUGGGGACCGUCUAUGUCCUCCCCAGUGCCCUUCAUCUCCUGUGUUGUCCUGUGUCCCCCUCAUCCUUCUCGGCUCUAGCCUGGGGUUCCAGGAACGUAUGCUUCCCAUCUUGCCCCGCCAACCAUGUUUUAUGUAACAGAAAAAUAAAGAUGCUUGGUGACAAAGAAA